UGAAAGUCACACAGUGAGGCUCCGAAAUUGUUCAAACCUUUAUUAAUCGAUACUCGAGCCAUACAUCGCGUGCUUCCUUGAAAGUGACGGACAGAAUGAACUUCAUGUUGCUGGCUCUUUAUCCACUGGUUAUAUUAUUGCGUACGGCUGAUUGCGGAACGAUUUUAUCCCAUACUGGUAUCAUAAAUCCUUACAAUGUGGACUGUCUGGACGACUGUUGUGAAGACUUGGAGAUUGUGGAGUUUGGCCGAUGUGGUAGUCUAGUGGAGCUGGAUGAGGAAUCAAUAAGGCUGCGUGCGCUGCGUAUUCGCUUCGAGAGAAUAUUUGAGGCCUACGAGGAGGGUAAAACCCGAAUCAAUCUGACGUCGAACUACAUGCUGGUCGCUCUCCUUCUCUCCGAGUUGCAACACAUUCAAUGGUUGUUAUUGUUCCGUUCGACAAGUAUUGCUAAUAAGCUGUGCUAGCCGGUCAUGGCUGGGACAUCAUCAGUAAUUAUUCCCGAG